CGGGUCCAAGAAGUGCCUCAAGGUUUCAUUGCUCCGCAUUAUGGUUCAUGCUCCGAUGCCGUGUUCUUCGUCGCCACAACAUCAGGCAGCUCUUUUUCAAACACCUCCUAACAGAAAACUGUAUCCAUACCCAUUAUACACGAGAAAAUAAUGAACACACGUUCAUACAAAAUUUUCCUUCCUCUUCGUUUUCUACUUUUAUGUCUUUGCAUCACACUUGUGUCGUCCACGCAUUCCUAUUUUGUUAUCAAGGAACCUCAGGCAUCUGCGCAAUGGUCGAAUGGCGCUGUCAAUGUGGUGACAUGGGAGAAGGGCGUACAAGAUGAUAUCACGCAUUUUGACAUGGAGUUGGUGAGGCUGAGCAAGGAUGGAGUGACAUACAUAGCCUAUAAUGUGGAGGCGUAUCCUGCCUCGCCCAAUUCUCUCAACAUAUACCUAGAAGACAUACCAACCGGAGACGACUAUUUCCUUCUCUUCCUCAACUCGACGCUUGGUCUCAUGCAUUGUCUAUCAUCGCGUUUCGCUAUUAUCAACACUACAGGUGUCACGUCGUCCGCAAGCGUGUCUGUAACGCCAGAUUCUUCUAUACCAAUAGUGACUAUUAGCGGGUCACCGAAUCCGACAAAGGGGUUCGUGACGACUUUUGCGUCAAGAGCGAGCUCUAUUAUGUUUGGGGUUACAUCGGGGCAUAAGUGCGGAGGGGCGAUGGUGUUGGCAGGUGCUUUGGUUGGUGCGGUGUUGGUGCUAUGGUGAGGCGACCUCGUUGUAUCACCGUUUCUUGACUGU